AUGCCAACUGAAGUCGUGAAGCACGUAUCCGAGCACCACCGGCUGUUGCCUACUACAUCGCUGAAUGUUAAGCCCGAGUAUCAACCACAUGCGCUGCUGGGCAUGGCGUGCGUGGCACUAUCGUCCGUGUGCUUUAGUCUCAUGUCGACAAUGAUCAAGCUCAAUACCUACACAAUGACGUCCAUCGAAGCCAUUUUCUGGCGCUCCAUUGUCGCUAUGGCGCUUAAUUACGUGUCUAUCUGGUACAGCGGCAAGACGUUGUAUGUCGCGCCAAAAGACCGGAUGAUGCUGUUCUACCGUUGCUUGGCUGGAUUUUUGUCGAUUUCGUUUGCAUUCUACGCGCUAUCGCAAAUGGUCCUCGCUGACAGCAGUGUCAUCGUUUUCACAUCUCCUGUCUUCACCUUUUUUCUUGGUGCCUGUCUACUCCACGAACACAUUGACAUUCCCAGUUUUGCGUGUUCGUUGCUGUCGUUUGGAGGUUUGAUUUGUGUGGUAAGACCCGGCUUCAUCUUCGGAUACAACCACGCUACAGCUCAAACUGAUGGCUCAUGGAUCGCGGUUGGAUCAGCUCUGCUUGGUGCCAUUGGCCAAGCGUUUGUGUUCAUCACUGUGCGAAAGCUGAAGGGUAUCCACUUUAUGGUCAUUGUGCACUAUUUCAUGCUGUUCAGCAUGACCGGAUCGCUUGUGUACAUGCUGGUGGUGCAGCGGGUAUUUGUAGUGCCAUCGACGCUUGGUGUCUGGUUGUCUGUCGUCGGUAGCGGUGCGUUUACGUUUAUUGGCCAGCUACUGCUUACCAAGGGCUUCCAGCUCGAGAAGGCAGGUAUUGCCUCGGUGAUGCGCUACUUGGACGUGGUUUGCGUUUUCAUCUGGGACUACCUGUUGCUCGGUGAGAAAAUCAACUACUGGAGUGUCGUGGGCGCCGCUAUCAUUUGUGCAUGUGCCGUUGUGAUUGCACUGCGCAAGGCGCACUUGAGCUAG